GGCGCCGAGCCGGGCGGCAGCCGCGGCGGGCACAGCCCGGGGCCACUGCGCGGAGCCCAGCACCGCGCUAGCAGAGAGCGGCGCCGCGCACUGUGGUCCGGCGGGCACCUCGGGGACAGGCGCGGGGUGCAGCCUUCUGGUCGCGGCCGCUCUGACAAGGGCUCCUUUGGUGUGCCUGGCGCGGGGUGGGCGCGGAUAGGGGCUCUGGGCUCGCGCGGGCCCCCGGGCGUCGCGAUGAACAUCGUAGUGGAGUUCUUCGUGGUCACUUUCAAAGUGCUCUGGGCGUUCGUGCUGGCCGCGGCGCGCUGGCUGGUGCGGCCCAAGGAGAAGAGCGUGGCCGGCCAGGUGUGCCUUAUCACGGGCGCCGGCAGCGGCCUGGGCCGUCUCUUCGCGCUUGAGUUCGCCCGGCGCCGGGCGCUGCUGGUGCUCUGGGACAUCAACACGCAGAGCAACGAGGAGACGGCGGGCAUGGUUCGCCACAUCUACCGCGACCUGGAGGCAGCUGAUGCCGCCGCGCUGCAAGCUGGGAAUGGUGAGGAAGAAAUUCUGCCCCACUGUAACUUGCAGGUUUUUACCUACACCUGUGAUGUGGGGAAAAGGGAGAAUGUCUACUUGACCGCUGAAAGGGUCCGCAAAGAGGUUGGUGAAGUCUCAGUCCUGGUCAAUAAUGCUGGCGUGGUCUCUGGACAUCACCUUCUGGAAUGUCCUGAUGAGCUCAUUGAGAGAACCAUGAUGGUCAACUGCCAUGCACACUUCUGGACGACUAAGGCCUUUCUUCCUACGAUGCUGGAGAUUAAUCAUGGUCAUAUUGUGACAGUGGCAAGUUCCUUGGGAUUGUUCAGUACAGCUGGAGUUGAGGAUUACUGUGCCAGUAAAUUUGGAGUUGUGGGUUUUCAUGAAUCCCUGAGCCAUGAACUAAAGGCUGCUGAAAAGGAUGGAAUUAAAACAACCUUGGUUUGCCCUUACCUGGUAGACACUGGCAUGUUCAGAGGCUGCCGAAUCAGGAAAGAAAUUGAGCCCUUUUUGCCCCCCCUGAAGCCUGAUUACUGUGUGAAGCAGGCCAUGAAGGCCAUUCUCACCGACCAGCCCAUGAUCUGCACCCCCCGCCUCAUGUACAUCGUGACCUUCAUGAAGAGCAUCCUUCCUUUCGAAGCAGUCGUGUGCAUGUAUCGGUUCCUAGGAGCAGACAAGUGUAUGUACCCUUUUAUUGCUCAAAGAAAACAGGCCACAAACAAUAAUGAAGCGAAGAAUGGAAUCUAAGAAUCUUUUUGUAUGAAAUAUCAUUUCUAUCAGAAGACGAUCAAGAUGUUUCAGUCCAGUGCACAUCAGCGUUACUGACAUUCUCUGGAUUCUAACCCCAUGUUGACUUUUUUAAAAAAUCAACUUUUAAAAAAAAUAAAGUGUAAAUUAAC